AUGGAUUUCGCGGCGCUCAUGUCCAAGGAAAUCGCCAAGGCGAAGGGCACCAGCAGCAGCAGCACGUCGACGACGAAAGCUGAAGCCGCGCAGCCCGACAAGCCCGCUCCCAAAUUCAUCAGCCGGCGCGAAGCUGAGGAGGCGCGGGAGAGGGCGUAUUUAGCGGAGCAGAAGAAGCUCGAUGAGGAGCGCGCGGCGCGGGCGGCAGCCAAGCGGAAGCGCGAGGAGGAGGCCGAGCACGAAGCCAAGGUGCGCGAGGAGAAGCGGCAGCGACUCGCCGAGGAGAGCCGGCAGCGGCGGGAGGCGAGAGAGGCCGAGGAGGAGCGACAGCAGCGGAAGCGACUUGGGCUGCCCGAGCUGCCGCCGCCCGGCGCCGACGACGACAGCGCUGACACGAAGCCCCAGGAUGAUGAUGAUGAUGACGACUGUGACGAAGACGGCUUGGGCGACAUCCCUGAGACGGAGCUGGUGGGCAAGCUGCGCGAGCUGGGCGAGCCGGCGGCGCUAUUCGCCGAGAACCACAGCACAAAACUGCGGCGGUACAGGAAGGCGUCGCGCGAGGGCACGGAGCUAGCCGAGGGCCCGAUCAUAACCAACCUGCGGCCGCUGGAGGAGAAGAAGAUGAAGGUGCCCGACACGGUGCCGCCCGUGUCAGGCAAGAAAGCGCGACGCUACCUGUUCCGGCAGCUGGCGUCGUACUUCAACAUGGUGCUGCGGGAGUGGGAGGCGGCGCUGGCGCGCGAGGACAACGCCGACACGUUCGCGGGGCAGGCGGCGGUGCGCGCCAUGGUGUCGAGCAAGGAGACCAUGAGGCCGCUGUUCCGCAAGUUCGAGACGGGCGACCUGGACGAGAGCAUCCUCGAGGCCGUGGUCGAGAUCGUCAAGGCCGCCCAGGAGCGCCGCUACGUCGACGCCAACGACGGCUACCUACGCCUGAGCAUCGGCAAGGCCGCCUGGCCCAUCGGCGUCACCAUGGUGGGCAUCCACGAGCGCAGCGCCCGCGAGAAGCUCCACGGCGGCGAGAGGGGCCACAUCAUGGGCAGCGAGAUCACGCGCAAGUACUUGCAGAGCAUCAAGAGGUGCCUAACGUUUGCCCAAGUCCGCUGGCCGCCCGAAGAUAUCCGCCAGUUAAUGGGUUGA